AAGUAGUUUCUUUUCAAAAGGCUACAAUAUAAUAAGCUUGAUAUGUUUGGUUUCUACGAAAAGCCAAAUUACCCUGAUGUAUACAUGAAAAUACAUGAACCAAAUCCGAACGGUUCUUUUUUCAGUAGCUAUUUAAAUCAACAGUCUGUCAUUGCUGAUCCGAAGACUGGCGCACGCCAGAGUAGCAUGGUUUUGACCAAUAAUGAAUAUUCGGAAGUCAAAACAAUGAUGGACGUAUUCCAUAGAGGGCUAUCUUUAUCCCGUUCAAGAAAGUGUUUAGGUAGCAGAUAUACUACUAAUGAGCCAUAUUCAUGGAUUACUUAUCAAGAAGUUGAUGAAAAAAUUCAGGCUUUUGGAUCAGCGCUUGUUGGAAUUAUGAAUAAGUAUCCAGAGUCAGAAAGGUUUGUAGGUGUUUAUGGUCGAAAUUCACCACAGUGGUUUAUUACACAAUAUGCCUGUUUUUGUUACUCGUACACUGUUGUCCCUCUGUAUGCUACUUUGGGUGAUCCAGCUAUGCAACAUAUUCUUAAACAAACUGGGCUCGUCAUAUUAAUGUGCCAUUCAGCAGAUUUAGCUAUCAAGAUCCUAGAGAACUUUAAUUCAUCAUUAAAAGUCAUUAUCAUUGCUGUCCAGGAUCAAAUUUUUGAAGAUCUAAAAGCCCAGUAUAGUUCUUCGGUGAACAUUUAUUCAUUUGAUGAAUUCUCGGAUCUUGGAAGAAGUGAUCUUAAACCGAAAAUUCCUCCAGCUGAGGAUGAUCUAUGCCUCAUCUGUUAUACUAGCGGCAGUACAGGCUUGGCCAAGGGUGUCAUGAUUAGUCAUGAAAAUCUGGUAGAUACAAUCUGCUCUACAAUGGAGUCUACGGAAGCAAAGUUGUAUUGUCGGAAUUCUGUUCACAUUUCAUAUCUACCUUUUGCUCAUGUAAUGGAGCAAGUUACUUCGGCUGCUGCUGUAUUUUGCGGAGCACAAAUCGGAUUCCUUACUGGGGCAAUUACUGGCUUGUUAGAUGAUGCUGAGGCUCUAAAACCUACAGUACUUCCGGCGGUUCCACGUGUCUUGUCGCGUAUAUAUGAAAGAUACCAGAAUGCACUUGGUAAUUCAUUUUUAAAGAGGUAUCUAUAUGAAUAUACUCUUAAAAGAAAUCUGAAGAUUUUAAACAGUGGGAAAAUUAAUCGUGAUGAUAUUCUUGAUACACUUUUUUUCAAGAAGCUCCGUCAAGCUCUUGGUGGGAGAGUAUGUAUGAUAGUUACAGGAGGUGCACCAAUUUCACCGGAGCUGUUCAACUUCUUUCGAGCUGCUUUCAAGGGUCUUAUUGUCGCAGGUUACGGUUCAACUGAAGUUUCCGGUGUAACUAGCGUAACUGUCUUAGGGGAAUCUCAUGAAGGUACUGUUGGUGCAAUCACUUCUAGGAUCGAAGUCAAACUUGCUGAUGUCGUAGAUAUGGAUAUUGUAGCUCUCAGAGAUAACAGAGGCGAGGUAUGUAUAUCACAAAAUACUUUAUAUUUUGCUGUAUUGUCACAACAUAACGUAAAUUUGUAUGCAUAGGUCUAUUAAUGUUGAAUUCGUUACUUCUAGCUUAUUGGCAAAAGAGUUUGUCAUAUACCUUCCUCUUCUGAAAAUAACAUGUACGGAAAUAUUCUGAUGCAGUUAAUAGAACUGGUUUUCUUUUCAAUUGUUUUUAUAUUUGAAAGGUGAGAAUUUUCUGACAUUUGUCAAAAAUUGGACUUUUUAAAACUCUGACUUACACAGAGUAAUACCUGAAUAAUUUACUUCCCAUCGACCUUUAAACUGAAUGGAUGAUAUUUCUAAAAUUUUGUUAGAAAUAAAUCUUUUUCGUUUUAGAGUUAAAGCUACCAUGCAUAUUUUGUCGACCGUUGAAUAUCGGCAUCUUUAUUCUGAUCCAAAAUACUGUUUUGAUAUUCAGGUUUUCUAACAUGUUUUCCUUAUUUAUCAAUUAAUUGAUAAUUUACUCAAAUACCGUUGUCCUCACAGUAUGUGUUAGAACCAUUCCAUCAUUAGGAUUUAGAAGUAACAAUAAGUGUUUUCUAAGAAAAAUAAAUGGAAUAUUCAUACAGAGUUAGACUGUUAUACUCACUAAUGUGCUUUUUACUCUAUGCAUUUCCAGGAGACAAUAUAGUCCGAUAAAAUAAAAAUAUUGAAAUGAAAAGAAACUUUCGUUGAAUAGAAUCCUUUCAAAAAUAACUGGUUUUGGUGUGUAUUAGAUUGAGUUUUGAAAUUUAUACACCUUUCACGGUAGUCACAUUUUACUUUAAACUGUUUCAAAAAAGUCACAGUGGGAAAUUGUUCGCAUCAUAUUUAUAAUUGUUUACUUCUCUCAUCAGUAUACUAUUUCUGUAUUAGAUAUGUAUUAAAGGGAAACGGUGUACCAAAGGUUAUUUCCAGGACCCUGAAAGUACAGCCCAAAUUAUUGAUGCUGAUGGUUGGUUACAUACUGGUGACAUUGGAGAAUGGACUAGUGAAGGUGCUUUGAAAAUUGUUGAUCGUGUAAAAAGUAUGUUCAAGUUGGCACAGGGCGAAUAUGUAGCUCCAGAAAAAAUAGAAGUGAUUUAUCAGACCUGUCAACUUAUAGACCAAGUAUUUGUUGAUGGGAAACCGGAACAAAAUUUUCCUGUCGCCGUUGUCACUCCGAAUUUCGUAAACUUACGUUCAUGUAUUAAUUCUUACCUAAAAUCUGGUUGUAAUGUAGAUGAUGGGAAAAUAUUCGAUCUGAAAACAUCAGAUAUUUCUCGAUUAUCUGACACCGAUAUUUGCAAAAACAUAGAAAUUCGACGAUUUGUUUUGAAAAAAAUGAAUGAAGUCGCAACAGAAAAGGGAUUAAAGAGAUUUGAAAUGGUACAAUCUAUCUACCUAAAUGAUAAUCCAUUUACUGUCGAAAAUGGAUUGUUAACUCCAACCAUGAAAAUAUCACGUCAAAAUGCCCGUCGACACUUUCAAUCUAUCGUUGAAUCACUAUACUCGGAAAGAGAUGUUCUGAAGGUCAAUGCAUAAGUAACAUUUGUAAUUAAUAGCUCAAUUCAUCCCACUGCCAUUGUUUCCUAUCUUAAGUCAAAAAAUCACAUCACAUACGGCAAUCAUCCUUUUGUUCGUACAUAAACAAAUACAAGGGGAGCACCCCAUCGUUAUUUCUUUUUUCUACUACAAUUAUAUUGUUUAUUGACUUUUUUAAUUCAUGCAAAACCAUCCAUAUUAUAUAUGUAUUUCUAUUUU